UUGCACAACUCGAUUCCAAAUUGGAAUCCACAAGCCAACCAAACUAAACGGGGAGGAGCUAAAUAGGGCCGAACCCCGACAUUCAAGAACUCGUAAUCAGACAACAGAGACGAUGGUUGCGGUGGAACCCAGUUUCGAGGACUUAUUGGAGGAGAACAAGCGAGUCAGGAACCCUCUUGUUCCCGUUGGUGCACUUAUGACAGCAGGAGUGCUCACAGCUGGCUUAAUUAGUUUCAGACAAGGAAAUUCUCACCUGGGUCAGAUGUUAAUGAGAGCUAGAGUGGUUGUCCAAGGUGCUACGGUGGCCCUCAUGGUGGGCACUGCUUUUUACUAUGGAGAUAAUCCAUGGAAACCGAGAUAGGCUAAAACAAUUUUGAAUUCUUCUAGUUUGUCAUGUAAUUCUCAUAAUGGUUGAAAUUAUUUGCCAGAUGCCCCAAUCCAUGUCAUUUUUGUUUCAAUGUUAUUUUAUGAAAUUAAAGGUGACAAAUAGUUGCAGCCACCAUAUUGUACUCCCAAUGGAAGAUUUCGUGUUAUAUGCUUAUGCUAAAACAAUAUAACCAUAAAAAAGUGUCUUUUGUCAA